GGUAGUAUCGAUAUUUCAGUAUCGAUCUGCACAUAACUGGUGCUCAAUGGUCUCAUCUUCCUCCAGGCUCCGGUUGGUUUGGUGUCAUUUUGUCAACGGUAGGAUGGGAGACAUGGCCACAAAAGCCCAGAUGCCAACUCCGGAGACUGCGCUACCGGGCCGGACCGAGAGCAGCAUCAAAGUAUCCGGCAGAACGGGACACACGGAAGUGGUUCGAGUCGUUUUCUAUCCAGAACAGAUCAGCUUCGCCCGUCUUCUCCAAGUCUUCUGGGAGAGCCACGACCCUACUCAAGGGAUGCGUCAGGGGAACGAUAUUGGGACGACGUACCGCUCUGCCAUCUACACCUUCACACAGCAGCAGCUGCAGGAAGCUUCAGCCUCCAAAGAUCAGUAUCAGAAGGUCCUGACAGAAGAAGGUUUCGGCCCAAUCACCACAGAAAUCACUGAAGCCAAGCCGUUCUACUACGCUGAGGACUACCACCAGCAGUACCUGAGUAAAAACCCAGAUGGGUACUGUGGACUGGGAGGGACGGGGGUCACCUGUCCUGUAGGACUCAAAGACAAGGUCUAAAAGAGGAGCCAGCUCUGGUUCUUCUCAGCACUCAGAUCACCUGUCUGCUAAUGCUAAUUUCUGUGAACACAUGAAAUCAAAUUAUGAAAAUUAUAUAAAUUUAUAAAAUAAU